AUGCCGAGUGGCACCAGUAUCAAUCCACCACUCCAUUGGGCGUGUGGGAAGGUGGCAGCUUUGGCCUGUGGUGCUGCUGGGUCAUGGCCAGGCGGAAGAGGCUUCGGCUGGGCAGGAGUUUGGGCGUGUUGGCAUCAGGUGGGAAUUAGGCAGUUGAAUGGGUGCAUCAAUGUGUUGGUGCAAGCUGCUGGAGAGGUGAGUCAACGUGGGAAGGCAGGCAUGUGGUUUGUGCCACAAUGUUUGAGGUUCGAGUCCCUCACCUUAAGUAGUGUUAUUCUUAAUAUGUUAGGCUUCUCAUUUUGUGUUUCUUUCCGAAUGUUAGAGCCUGCAUCCAAUGGCAGAAUACCAUGCAGCACACGAGCAGUAGGAGGAUGUGCUAUCUAUGUUAGUGAUAAGUCUGGUCAACAUGACUUCAAUCUUCUGAAGAAGCUUGUUCUUCCCGAUGGUUCAAUCUUGAGGGCUAGACUACCUGGAAGACCAACAAGGGAUUGUUUAUUUUCUGAUCCAGCCAGAGAUGGAAAAAACCUUCUGAAGAUUUGGAACAUGAACGCAAUUUCUGGAGUUGUUGGAGCCUUCAACUGCCAGGGAGCAGGGUGGUGCAAGGUUGGGAAGAAGAACCUUAUCCACGAUGAACAUCCAGGCACAUUCACUGGAGUUAUUAGAGCCAGAGAUGUUAAUUAUCUGCACAAGGUGGCUCAUGACGACUGGAGUGGUGAUGCUGUUAUAUUCUCCCAUCUUGGUGGAGAAGUAGUGUAUCUUCCCAAGGAUGCAUCUUUGCCAGUGACUAAAAUCAAGAGAAUACGAAGUGUUUACUGUGGUUCCAGUGAAGGAGCUGUCCAAUGGAGUGAGAUUUGCUCCAAUUGGGCUAACAAAGAUGUUGAACUCAGGAGGAGCCAUUAAAGGAGUGGACUAUUAUGAUGAUGAGUCCAAAAGAGUGGAGAUGAGAGUUUGUGGUUGUGGCUUGUUUGGAGCUUAUUCAUCCACAACACCUAAGAGAGUUGUAGUUGAUUAAGAGGAUGUGGAAUUUGAAUACGACGAAACAUCUGGUUUGGUGAGUGUCGUUUUGAGAGUUUCAGAGCAAGAAUUGCACCUUUGGAACAUAACCAUUGAGCUCUAGAGUCUAGAGUAGAGUGUUGUUUAACUUGUGUUGAACAUGGCAUUUCAUUUAUCAUAACCGAACUCAUGUUAUAUCAUGUGUUAAAAAUUAGUAUCCAUUACUCAUUUGUGGAAGUAUUAUAAGCCAAAAUCUCAAUUGUAUUGCAUGUUGGUGUUUUCAUCA